AUGAUCUUACUGGCAAUCCUUCUCCCUUUUGGGAGCUUCCUGUUCCUGGGGGUCAGCGUGUGGGUCUUUAUGAAGGAGGUCCUCACUGUCCACGUUUAUCCUGCCAUCACCCACCCUGUGAGAAUUCACAUGAUGCACUACUUGUUCGAACUGGUGAUAACAUGGGGGAAUUUACUCGAGAAAAUGAAAAUUUGCUCCAUGCCCAAGUUUUUCCGCUUUGUACAAGACAGAGUGGUGUCAAAGAAGAACCCUGGUGUACUGGUAGAAGACCUGCGUUUUGGCACAAUCCCUGUGAGGCUGUUUCAGCCCAAGGCAGCAUCCUGCAUCCCGAGGCGAGGCAUCAUUUUCUACCAUGGAGGGGGUUGUGCUUUUGGCGGCCUGGAUUGUUACCACAAUAUAUGCAGUUUCCUGGCCCGGGAAACAGACUCAGUGCUGCUGUCAGUGGGGUACCGCAAGCUUCCUGACCAUCAUCACCCCGUUGCUUUCCGGGACUGUUUGAGUGCUUCCAUCCACUUCCUCAAAACCCUGAACACCUAUGGGGUGGACCCCUCCCGGGUGGUAGUCUGUGGAGAAAGUGUUGGAGCUGGGGCUGUGGCCAUGGUCUCUCAGGUCUUAUUGGGCAGACAAGAUCUUCCCCAGCUCCGGGCUCAGGUCCUGAUUUAUCCAGCCCUUCAGUUAAUCAAUUUCCAGUUACCAUCUUACCGACAGAAUCAAGAUGUCCCAUUCCUGUCUCGGAAAUUCUUGAUGACCUUGGUGUGUAAGAACUUGGCCAUUGAUCUCUCUUGGCAAGACACCAUGUUGAAAGGAUCUUGUAUACACCCGGAUGCUUGGAAGAAGUACAGGAAGUGGCUCAGCUCUGACAACAUCCCCCAAAGAUUCAGGCGCCAAGAGUCACAACCCCAGUUUCCUGCACCUUUUAAUGAGGCCGCCUACCUGGAAACCAAGCAUGUUUUAGAUGCAGAACUUUCACCUCUCCUAGCAGAUGACAAGACCAUAGCUCAGCUUCCUGAGGCAUUCCUGGUGAGUUGUGAGCAUGACGUCCUCCGGGAUGAUGUCUUGCUGUACAAGAAGCGCUUGGAAGACCAGGGAGUCCCUGUAACCUGGCACCAUGUGGAGGACGGCUUUCAUGGAUGCAUACUUUUAUUUGAUAAGAUUUUCUCUUUUCCUUGUGCACGUGAGGUUAUGGAUUCUACAGUCAGUUACAUAAAGGGCAUAUGA